GCGCCCGCCCGAGGGACGGAAGACAGAAGCGGGGGGGCGUGUUUGGCCGGGGACAACCCACUCCCGUUCGCCGUUCGGGUGGUUUCUGGGCGAUGUUUCCAAGAGUGUCGGCGGCCCUGAGGCUUCGUCCCCGCCCCCGCCUCCCCCUGGGCUCCGGAGGCCCCGAGGCGUCGGCGGCUGCGAUUGCGCUUCUCGGCGCCCCGCACGGACCGGCCAGGACAAAAAAUAACACCCAAAGGUACUUUGGCACCAACAACAGGACCUAUAGCAAGAAAGAUGAGCAGUCCAUCCCGGCCCAGGAGACUCCCAAGGAGACGGAGAGCGAAGGCGGGGUGAAGGAGAAGGGGAAGAAAGGCCUGUUAAACAUCAUCAAGGGCAUGAAAGUUGAGCUAAGCACUGUGAACGUGCAGACCACGAAACCCCCCGGCAGAAAAGCUCUUAAACGUUCGGAGGCCGCGACUGGCAGGCCUCAGAAAGCUGCGGGAGAAGACCCAAAGAAGAGAAGUGAGUCACUGAGCCCCGAACUGGUGGCCGCUGCCGCUGCUGUUGCAGAGUCGCUCCCCUUUGACAAGCAGGCGACCAAGUCAGAGCUGCUGCGGCAGCUCCGGCAGCACGAGGAGCUCGCGCGGGCACAGAGGGACGGAGAAAGACCCAAAAUCAGUUUCAGUAACAUAAUAUCCGACAUGAAAGUUGCCAAAUCUUCCACACCGAGAGUUAGUACCAGACCGGUUCAUCAGAUUCAGUUUGAUGAAGGCUCUGACAGUUUUGCUGACCAGGAGAAGACCGCUGAUCAUAGAAAAAGGAAAAAUAUAUUCAAGGGGAAGAGACUUAAUAUUUUUGAUCUGAAGACAGCUACUCAAGAGGCACCUGAAACAGGAGCAGCGCCUUCGCUCUGGGACGUGGAGUUCGCCAAGCAGCUGGCUGCGGUGAACGAGCAGCCCUUUCAGAACGGCUUCGAAGAGAUGAUCCAGUGGACGAGGGAGGGGAAGCUGUGGGCGUUCCCCAUCGACAACGAGGCGGGUUUCGAUGAUGAUGGUUCAGAAUUCCACGAACACAUAUUUCUGGAUAAACACCUGGAAGAUUUUCCAAAACAAGGACCGAUUCACCACUUCAUGGAGCUGGUGACCUGCGGCCUUUCCAAAAACCCACACCUGAGUGUUAAACAGAAAGUGGAACAUAUUGAGUGGUUUAAAAAUUAUUUUGAUGAAAAAAAGGAUAUUCUAAAAGAAAGUGGCAUACAGUUUAAUUGAAGAUCAUGGCAAUUUUUAUUUCAAGAUGUUGGAGAUUGUUACUAAAUAAAAUAACUUUACUAGAAGUUUA